AUGGAGGAGGCCAGGGUGCGCUCUCCUCACCAGGAGCGUCCGCCGUCAUGGCCGCCCUCAGACCUCCCUCAGCUCAACGGGCUGCGUGAGGGAGGGUCUGAGGAUGCCCUCUCCCCUCCCCUGGGGGGGGCUCUGUCCCUGGAGGACUUGGAGGACCAGUGGGCCUGUUUACCCGUCUACCCCCUGACCCGGCCCUCAGACUCUCUCUGCUGCGCCACCGUGCAGUGGGACGUGCUGGAAACGUCUGUGUCCUCCCCCCUGGUGGACGACAGGCCCGCUGAGCUGGCCUCCAGCGGAGGGGCGGGGCUGGACUGGACCGUGAGCCCUCUGGCCCUCCACCAGCCCAGCUCCCCAGAGCACCACCCAGCUGAGCAGCUGUCGCAGCCCCAGAACCUUCCCCACAGCAGCCCCUUGAACCGGGUAGGGGGGGGCAGUGUGAGGGAGGAUGACCUCAUCCUAGAGGAGGAGCAGGAAGACACUGAGGAGCUGCUGACCUCACAGAUCAACCCAGAGCCUGACUCCUGCCCGAUAGAGGAGAGGGGAGCGGAAGCGUGGGGUGAUGGGGAGGAAGAUGGCAGGGGAGAGGAGCAGAGGGGAGAGGAGCAGAGGGGAGAGGAGGAGCAGAUCACUCCUCAUGUGACCUCUACAACGGAACAUGAUGCCCAGCCAGAUGUCAGUCGUUCAGUAAUAAGCGUCUUCAUCGAGCUGAAAAAGGUGGAUCAGUCAAAGCCUUCAGGGGAGAGAGAACAGUCAGAGCAGGUAAAACAGUCAGAGCAGGUAGAGCAGUCAGAGCAGGUAGAGCAGUCAGACCAGGUAGACCAGGUAGAGCAGUCAGAGCAGUCAGAGCAGGUAGAACAGUCAGAGCAGUCAGAGCAGGUAGAACAGUCAGAGCAGGUAGAACAGUCAGAGCAGGUAGAGCAGUCAGAGCAGGUAGAGCAGUCAGACCAGGUAGAACAGUCAGAGCAGGUAGAACAGUCAGACCAGGUAGAACAGUCAGAGCAGGUAGAGCAGUCAGACCAGGUAGAGCAGUCAGAGCAGUCAGACCAGGUAGAGCAGUUAAACCAGGUAGAACAGUCAGACCAGGAAGAACAGAUAAACCAGGUAGAGCAGUCAGAGCUGAAAGGUUGUUUGGAUGAUUCCAGACAGUCAGAGGAAGCAGUGCCUUCAGGCGAAGAGGGACUCUCAGAGCAGGUGGAACAGUCAGAGCAGGGGGAACAGCCACAGCAGAAGGGACAGUCAGAGCAGGGAGAACAGUCACAGCAGGUGGAACAGUCAGACCAGGGGGAACAGCCACAGCAGGUGGAACAGUCAGACCAGGGGGAACAGCCACAGCAGGUGGAACAGUCAGACCAGGGGGAACAGCCACAGCAGGUGGAACAGUCAGACCAGGGGGAACAGCCACAGCAGGUGGAACAGUCAGACCAGGGGGAACAGCCACAGCAGAAGGGGCAGUCAGAAGCAGCAGAUGAAACCAGCUCUUCAGAACAGCCGGCUCAGCUGACAGCCUCAGGAGAGACGUCUCUCCCAGAACCAGGAGAACAAAGAACCUCAAAAGAACCAGGAACAUCUGUACCAGGAGAACCAGGAACCUCUGUACCAGGAGAACAAAGAACCUCAGAAGAACCAGGAACAUCUGUACCAGGAGAACCAGGAACCGUAGAACCAGGAACCUCUGUACCAGGAGAACCAGAAACUGUAGAACCAGGAACCUCGGUACCAGGUGUGGACCAGGUUCUGGACAGAGAGCAGGUGUGCCGGCUGGCUGAGCGCCUGUUCCGUCUAGACGGUGUCCGGAGCACUGAGGUGGUGAAACACCUGGACAAAGAUAAUGAGUUCAGCCAUGCAGUGGGGGAGGAAUAUCUCAAGUUUUUUGACUUCACAGGACAGACCUUGGACCAGGCUCUGAGGUCCUUUCUGAGGGUGGUGGUCCUGAUCGGAGAGACCCAGGAAAGAGAACGGGUACUGCAGCAUUUCUCCUGUCGCUACCACCAGUGUAACCCUCAAACCCUCCCCUCCUCUGGUGCGGUGUUGACCCUCACCUGCGCUGUGAUGCUGCUGAACACAGACCUGCACGGACAGAACGUAGGGAAGGCCAUGACUGCAUCCGGCUUUGUGUCCAACCUGGAGGGGAUGAACGAGGGAGGGAACUUCAGCAAGGAGCUGGUGAAGAGCUUGUUCAACUCCAUCAAGAGUGAGCCUCUGGAAUGGGCUGUGAAUGAAAAGGAACUGAAGAGCUCGUUGUUGUUGGAGGAGGACUCGAGAGUGGACGCACCGCGCCGCAGCAGCAGCAACCCUUUCCAGAACGUUCCCCACGACAGGAAGGCCUCCGUCUUCAAACAGGGCUUCCUGCAACGCAAGGCUCACGCCGACAUCGACGGCAAACGCACUCCAUGGGGUAAAAGAAGCUGGAAGACUUUCUACGCCGUGCUGAAGGGAAUGGUGCUCUACUUACAGAAGGACGAGUACGGGAGGGACUGGCAGAGCUCGGAGGAGCUGGUUAGUGUCCACCACGCCCUGGGGGAGCGAGCCACACUCUACACCAAGAGACCUCACGUGUUCCGCCUGCAGACCGCCGACUGGAGGGUGUUCCUCUUCCAGGCCUCCUCCCCAGCAGAGAUGUCCUCGUGGGUGAGCAGGAUCAACCUGGUGUCAGCGCUUCACUCCUCUCCCUCCUUCCCUGCUGCCGUGGGAUCUCAGAGACGCUUCCACAGGCCCAUCCUGCCCUCUGCUCAGUCCUCACACACCCUGGAGCGUCAGCAGCAGUCCCAUGCUGCCAUGCUGCAGAGCUUCCAGGAGGACCUGAGCAGGCUCCAGCAGGAGGGCAGCGAGGGCAGAGGCCACACCUCCAGGGCCCGCUGGCAGGAAGACACCCGUGCCAGGGAAGAGUACCUCACCUACGAGGUGAGUCGUUAUGAGGCGUACAUCGUCACCCUGAAGGCAUGGAACAGUGUGUCCACAAACCCCGCCCCCCUCACAGACCCCGCCCUCGUCACAGACCCCGCCCUCGUCACAGACCCCGCCCCCCUCACAGAGCCCACCCCCCUCAGAGAACAGCUGGAGCUUUAUGACAAGGAGCUGUACAAGAACGAGGGGGAGGCGGGGGAGGGAGGGCUGAAGAAGUCUCACUCUAGCCCCUCCCUCGACCUGGAGCUGGCCCCUCCCCCCGUGGUGAGAGUCCGACGCAACAUCUCGGAGAGACGGACCUACCGGAGGAUCAUCAUCCCCAGGCGGGCCCGCGACGUGUGACCGGGGCACUUCCUGCUGCUGCUAGGAACUGUGGGUACUGUAGUCCCAACUGAAGGGUCUGGGAGAGAAGUGAGAACUCCAACAUUUUAAUCUCUGAAAACUUUUGAUACUUUCUGUUACAUCCACGUGGACUGUUUUAUGGAGAGAGGACGUUGUGACCUUUAGAACUCCAUCUCUCACCCCUCCAUCUCUCACCCCUCCAUCUCUCACCCCUCCAUCUCUCACCCCUCCAUCUCUCACCCCUC